ACGCGGUCUUCUCCACAGGCCCCUGUGUAGAGUGCGUGCGUGUUAUGCCGAACACCACACUGUAGCCUCUGCUUGUCUGUCGGCGUUUUCCUGUCGUCCUGCGUUCCACCGGUCUGCUGUUUUAGCAUCUCAAACGGGAGCCAAGGCCAUUCGGAGAGUUUUGGUGCGACUCGUGUGGUGAGGAGAGAGAGUGCGUGAGGGCUGUGGACGCAUAUGGAGACCGUGCUGCUGAGAGCAGGUCCAUCUGUGGCUGAUUCCAGAAUGAGUAAUCCGUCAGAAACGAGUAAAUGUGCAAUGGAGAGUGCGAAUGGAAACACAGGUGCCCAAACAAACGGACUGGACUUUCAGAGGCAGACGGUGCAAACGAAUGCUAUCACCAACGCACAAGCACAAGCCCUGCUCCAACAGCUGACUUUGACUCCAGCGCAGCAGCAGCUGCUGCUACAGCAGGCUCAGGCUCAGCUCCUGGCCGCCGCCGUGCAGCAGCACUCAGCCAGCCAGCAGAGCAGCACCACGGGAGCCAGCAUCUCAGCCUCCGCUGCCACGCCCAUCACACAGAUCCCCCUCUCUCAGCCCAUCCAGAUCACGCCUCAGUUGCAGCAGCUCCAGCAGCAGCAGAACCUCAACCUGCAGCAGUUUGUGCUAGUGCAGCCUGGUCACCCCAUCGCUGCGCAACUGCAGCCGGCGCAGUUCAUCAUCUCGCAGACGCCGCAGGGCCAGCAGAGCCUCUUGCAAGCCCAGAAUCUUCUAACUCAACUACCUCAAAGCCAAGCCAACCUCCUGCAGACUCAGCCAAGCAUCACUCUCGCCACACAGCCCGCGACACCCACGCGCACGAUAGCAGCUACCCCCGUCCAGCCCCUCCCCCACAGCCAGACGACACCAAAGCGCAUGGACACCCCGAGCCUGGAGGAGCCCAGUGACUUGGAGGAGCUUGAGCAGUUUGCUAAGACCUUCAAACAGAGAAGGAUCAAACUGGGCUUCACUCAGGGGGAUGUCGGCCUCGCUAUGGGAAAGCUUUACGGAAAUGACUUCAGCCAGACCACCAUCUCCCGCUUUGAGGCUCUAAACCUGAGCUUCAAAAACAUGUGCAAACUGAAGCCUCUUCUGGAGAAAUGGCUCAAUGAUGCAGUGUGUGCAGAGAACCAGACGUCGGACCAGGCCCUGUCCAGCCCCAGCUCGCUGGGCUCCCCUGGGCUGGGCAUGGAAGGCCUGAACCGGCGCCGCAAGAAACGGACCAGCAUCGAGACCAACAUCAGAGUGGCCUUAGAAAAGAGCUUUCUGGAGCAGAACCAAAAACCUACCUCUGAGGAGAUCACCAUGAUCGCCGACCAGCUGAACAUGGAGAAGGAGGUGAUCCGCGUGUGGUUCUGCAACCGCCGGCAGAAGGAGAAGAGGAUCAACCCCCCCAGCAGCGGAAGUGCCGCCAGCACCCCCAUCAAAGCAAUCUUCUCCCCGUCCACGCCCCUGGCGCCCACCACGGCCAGCCUCGUGACGAGUAGCACCCCGACCACCCUGACGGUAAACCCCGCUAUUCCUCUCACCAGCACGAGUGUCUCCAGCACUGCCCUCACUGGCAGGACCGCCGGCUCACCCACCAGCAACGCGGCGUCCGUCAUCUCCACGGUGGCAGCAGCCGUCACCGCGGCGUCCUCCUCGCCCUCGCUCAGCCCUCCCCCCGGCGUGCCUCAGACCUCCGCCGCAGAGUCGGCGGCGGCGGCUCAGGAGCCGGUGGCCACCCUGAGCCAGACGCCCUCAUCCCUGGCCAGCACGCUGGCCGCGGGCCAGGUGAUGGUAGCCGCGCCGGGGCUGUCGGCCGCCCUGCAGAGCGCCGCCCAGCUGCCCACCAGCGCCAGUUUGGCUGCCAUGGCAGCGGCGGCCGGCCUCAACCCAGGCCUCAUGGCCUCCUCGCAGUUUACUCCAGGUGGGGCUUUGCUGAGUCUGGCUCCUGGAGGUCUGGGCAGUGCACUAAGUCCAGCACUGAUGAGCAACAGCACCUUGGCCACUAUCCAAGGUGUGUGGAGUGCUCUGGCAUCUAGCGGGACUCUACCCAUCACCUCCCUGGAUGGGGGUGGCAACCUGCUGUUCGCCAACACCAGUGCCGGCAGCACGCCCAACCUGGUGACGGCACCGCUCUUCCUGAACCCACAGAACCUGUCGCUGCUUACGAGCAACCCGGUCAGCCUGGUGUCGGCCGGGGCGGCGGCAGCGGGGGCCGCCGGGGCCCUCAACCUGCACGUCGCAGCCGAAAGCCACCGCAGCGACGCCGUAACCACGGCAACCAUGCCUGCCUCCACAGUUGCCACCGCCUCCAAGGCCCAGUGAAGGCACCGCCCACUCUUCUCCUUUUCCAUCCUCUUUUUUUCUUCUCCUUCUCGUCAAAUCAUUAUUUUAAACCUUUUUGCUGCCACCAAAUAUGGCCUCACUGAAAAGAGGUUCUCGUACUGUUGUUAUUUUGGCGUUCCGUUUUUCGGUCCCUGUUUUGUACUUCCGCCGUACAUUUCAUUUCAGGUUAUGUGCAUUUUGGACCUUGUUGCCUGCUUUGGAUUCUCGGCAACUACCUUCAUGAAUGUUGGCAAUACUAGAGAGCUUAGCAUUAAGGUAGCUGAAGAAGAACUGUCUCUAGACUUUGCGCUUGCUCAUGCGGUAAUGCUCACCUCACUUCACUGUUUUUUUUUAUUUUGCUUCUCCCCCCCCCACUCAUCACUCAUCACUCUUCUUGCUCCUGAAACACUCCUAACCAAAAAUGCAUACCUUUUAUUGUUUACUUUUAAACUAUCAAAUCAUCACUCCUUACUGAUAACAUUAAUAGCCUUCAUUGUUAUCAUCAUCGCCACUUCUGAGGAAGGUUUUUGACACCCCGAUUUGAAAUGUUUCUCCUGGAGGUGCUGCACUGCAGGCCUCCGGGACGUCCUUCUCAAAUCAUCGAAUCUUUCUAUAGGUUUUCUUUAGCUUCCUCUGGUUUCUUGUAUCUAAUUCAGCAUUAUCUCCUUCUCACGUAUGGUUACAAGGCUUUAACGAAGUACUAUGUGGCUGCGAUACGGUUUCAUUACUUUAAGGAAUCGUUUGACUGAUCUGUCUGGAAACACUGAUUUAACAAAAAAAGAAGCGUACCCUAGUUUGGGUGUGGCGUGUGGACCUACAUUUGGGCUCACCUACAUAAUACUAAUAGCUUUAAAGGAUUGCAUGAGCGGUCCAUUACAAAUGAGGCUUUCUGAGAGGCCGACGGUAGAGUUCAGGCUACCGUUGUCGGGCAGCGUAGACCUUGGAGCAGUGACGGCUCCUGGCAGCACUCGGCAGCGUGGCCGGCGUCGUCUAGACUGUGGCUUGUAUUGGUCCGUCAGCCUCUUAAGGUCUUAAUAACAUGGGGUGGGCUUUUUGCUCACGGCUAAGUUGGUUUAGGACGUAUGGGGCGGUGCCGCCAGACACGUGGUGGUCCACCUUAACGUUGUGAGAGGCGGAAGGCAACCCAGCCUGGAGCAGGAUGGCUUGGUUGUCUUCUGUCGGAAUUUUUUAAGGGUUUGUUUUUCUACUUGUGCACAGUACCUGUACCAAAAAAGAAAAAGAGAGAGAAAAAAACUGGAUUUGAAAUCUGCAGUCUGCCGGGUCUUUAGGGGAAAAAAAUCUGUCACUGAUGCUUUGAGUAAGAUGUAAAUUUUUUUUUUUUUUUUUUUUUUUUUUUUUUGAGGUCUUUGGCUGGCCUUGCUUUCAAGAUAUACCAAAAAUAUUUGUUAGAACCUGUUGCUGUAUAUUACCAGUGUAGCGUAGAGUUAAGUCUAAAAUAUUUAUGAGCAUAUGCUCUUGGUAGACCACAGGAAAUAUUAUAAUGCAAUAUUUUGAAGAUCAUUUCCAAAGACAAAAGUACUUUUUAUUUUAUUGGAGAUCUGUUUCCCCUGCUCUGCUUGGUCUUGUCAUUGCAGCUAACCAAAUAACCCAAAACGAUGGGGAGGGUGGAGUGUGAAGCGGGUGGAUGCGGUCAGGGCCACAUGCUGCAGCGCAAAGCGCAGCGUAUCCCCCUCCAGGUCAUAGGUCAGAUGUGUUUGCGAGUGAGUAGGAGCAGGGGGUCGCAGGAGUCGCUCUUCCGCGCCCUCUCCCUCAUAAAGUUAAUAUAUUCGAAAAUGGACGGAAGCAGCACUCAUGUGUUUAUUGCUUACGGCUCGUUUUCUGUGCUUCCUCCUUUGUAGUUCUCAGAUGGCGGACUAUGUUUCCAUCCUCAGUAGACUGACGUAUUCGAUGUCGACGCAGGUAGGGACCAUUGUUAGAAGCUUUAUUCGGGCAGUCCCCUGUUUUCAUCCUACCAGUGUAAUUCAGCCGUGGUGUAAAGCUUGAACCAAAGUCGUUUUUCUUGCUAGCUGCUGUGCCUGUGGUGGGGACCAGCGUGACGCUGGUUGCACUAUCACCACUCUACACUACUGAUGAACCUCCUCAUCUCUUCCUCACCCUCUGUACCAAAACCCAACUCAUGGUGAACGUACUAAAUGAAUUGUGUUCAGCUUUAAAGGUGUAGCUUCAUGCAGAGCUAACGCGUUUUAGCCCUUGACAUCAAAGCAUUUCCAAAGAGUAUCUAAUGGCCUUGACUCUGUGUGUGUCGAGUAUGUUGGAGAGAUUUUCCUCCAGUUCCCUUUCUCCAGUUUGAAGCAGUCUUAGAUCUUGCUGUUCUUGAGGGGGCGUAGAUCAGACAGAGUGUUUGGAGUUGCUCCUCAGACAUCUCACCCUCAGGAGAGUUCACUGGAAUCCAUUUGUGGUUUUAGCUUUUGGGCUCUUACCACUAGCAUCAGUAAGAGCCUGUGGAAAAGAGUAAAAAAAACCAAAACAAACACAAAACCCAGAAGCGGCCAACCAUUUGACUGCCCCCUGGGUAUUUGGCACAGGAAUGGGACACGUGCGUAAACCCAUAACGGUACAUAGUGUGGUGUACAGGAAAGACUCAACCACUGUUUCCCUUUCAGAAUUCCUAUAGUACCGGUACAGUGAGGUUGUAUUUUAUUUAUUUGUCAGGUUGCUCAUUCAUCCUGAUUGUGGUCUGCUAUCUCUGCAGUCACAUGCUUUAGUCUAUAGUGUCGCGUUACGGUUCGGUCAGACAUUGAAACAGAACUGAGCUCUUCUGAAGCUCACUGGCAGUUUGAAUCCUGGGCCUGAGCAGCUGACUUAGCCUGUGGAGACUGGAGCUGGCUUCCCUCCGUUUUUAUGGCCCACCGUCGCUUCAUCUCUUCUACUCCUUAGUACUGUGCUCAGCCUGUUUUUCUUGCCCCGUCUGUCAGUUUGGUUACAUUUAGAAACGUGUUGAGACUUUAUUUAUUUUUAUCCUUUAAACCUUCAUUUGAAUGACCUCAUCAGCACUUAAAUAGAAGGUUCACUUUAAGUAAAAUGGCACCAACGGACAACUCCAGAAUGUAAAAGAGCCGUUAAUUGUACGACGGUCCUCUUACAAAUUCUCAUCAGUGCAUCAACACACAUAAUGAACUAAAGUCAAACUACUACUGCUAUUUUUUAAGUACUACUACUUAUAGGGUAUCUCCAGGUUAACCAGUUAUUUUAUUAUCCUACUUGCCAAAGUUAAAAGAAGCCUUUGUCUUUGCGGCUGGGUCGAUGUCUUUUGCUGCUCACUCCGUUGGUUCUGUCCUGAGGCUGCAACAUGGCCUCAUGGAGCUGAGUUUUCUGUGUAGUUAUGUAUCUGUCGUUGUAGUACAGUGGUGUGAUGACCGGUGAUGCCGGGACCAUGGGAAGUUACUGAAAUAUUUAUCGGAGGAAUGGCUUAAAGAAUUAGAGAGAACUUUUUUUUUUUUUUUUUCUAAAUUCUUAAAUUCUAUAUAUAAAUAUGUAUGUGUGUGUGUGUAUAUG